AAAAGACUUUGUCUGCGAAACUCAUGUAUUUGUCAAGAGUUUGAUAUUAUCUGAGAUGAAAAUCGCACCAAAAUUGUUGAGUGUUUUUAACAGUGGACUUAUCAGCGAGUAUAUCGAUUUCCGAUACCUCAAUACCAGUGAUGACCACAACCCCAAAACAGUGGCACUGUUAGCCCAAAAGUUGGCUAAAUUUCAUUCACUGAAUAUUCCGAUACCAAAGACAGUACUAAAGAAGCCACAAUCAUUACUCGAGGGAAAGGUUCGACAAGAGAUUGUCGCCAAGAAUUUGACCACAUUUUUGACACUCAAUCUGUUGGAUGAGAUGCCAUGGAUUGGGGAACGGGUGCUGAGAGUGAAGAGUCCGGUAGUCUUUUCUCACAAUGACUUCAACCGAACAAAUAUAUUAAUUCGUGAAUCAAAUGAUAAUAAAUCACAGAAUUUGGAGAUAUUUUUCAUAGACUUUGACUACAGUAACUAUAACUAUAGAGGUUAUGAUCUGGGUAAAUACUUUAGUACGUGGGCCCAAGAGAUACCUGAGUAUUGUGCUGGUCCUAAUGUCCAGUUCCCUACUGACACACAAAUGUCUGUCUUUAUUGAGGCAUAUAUUGAGGAAAUGGUUAACAUUUACGGCAAUUCUUAUGUUAACAAUGAAAUCAAUUCAAUCGAUAGCAUAAUACGUGAAGCGAAAUCAAAGGCAGAGAUAGGGUUCAACUGUUAUCGUAAACUCAAGAAUCGUGUUCUACAAGAAUAUCCUCAUCUAAAC